CAACACAAUUUUUCAAUCCCCUUAUCCUAUUUUUUCUAUCUCCCUCUUUCACUCUCUUCUCCCCUCCUCAAUUUCUCUUUAGCUCUGCUACAAUGGCUUCCACAUUAUCCACAAUUGCCCUUCGUUCUCCCUCUCCUCUUUCUCAAUCAACCGUAAGCUCCACGCACGCUUCAAUUUCAUUCCCUACCAAAACCCUAGAACUCCCCAUUCGCACUCCCAAACUCCACCACCGCCGAGCCACUUUCGUCCGCCCUCUCGCCGCCGUCGAAGCACCGGAGAAGGUAGUCCAGCUCGGAGAUGAAAUCUCCAACUUAACCCUCGCCGAUGCCCAGAAACUCGUAGAGUACCUUCAGGAUAAGCUUGGAGUUUCAGCCGCAUCCUUCGCUCCCGCUGCCGUCGUCGCUGCCCCUGGUGGCGCAGCCGCAGAUGCUCCACCUGUGGUUGAGGAGAAGACGGAAUUUGAUGUAGUCAUCGAUGAAGUACCGAGUAAUGCUAGAAUUGCGACUAUUAAGGCUGUUAGGGCUUUAACAAGUUUGGCUUUGAAAGAGGCGAAGGAAUUGAUUGAAGGAUUGCCUAAGAAAUUUAAGGAGGGUGUUUCCAAGGAUGAGGCUGAAGAUGCUAAGAAACAGCUUGAAGAAGCUGGUGCUAAAGUUUCUAUUGCUUAAAUAAAUUUGUGGUAAAUGUUCAAUCUUAUUUGUAUUUUCGCAAGAGAAUUCAGUUGUUAGAUAUACUUGUACCCAAUUUUCUAAAAUCAAGUUUAUUCAGCCCUCUUUGCUUAUGGUUCUGCAUCA